GCGGUAGUCCCCGUUGACCAAAUCUCACGUACCCGCCACAGCGCAGCCUCCAAACCGGCGUGCGGCGGCGGUUAAAUCGACCGAGCACCGAGCGCGUCGAUGGCGGCUCUGAGCAACCUGAGCAAAAUGUCUGGACUGUGUCUGCGCGCCGCCCGGCAGGCUGCGGGGCUGACGGCGUCCCGGCUGCUUCAGCGCAGAGCCCUCAGGGUCACCGCUGUGCAGCUGCAGCAGCCCUUUGACUCAUCCCUGGAAAAGCCGCAGUUUCCCGGAGCCUCGGCCGAGUUUGUUGAUCAGCUCGAGUUCAUCCAGCCCAACGUCAUCUCUGGGAUCCCAAUAUACCGCGUGAUGGACAGGCAGGGAAACAUCAUCAACCCCUCUCAAGACCCUCAGCUCUCCAAAGAGACAGUUUUAAACUUUUAUCAGAAGAUGACCCUGCUGAACACAAUGGACCGCAUUCUUUAUGAGUCUCAGAGACAGGGUCGGAUCUCCUUCUACAUGACGAACUACGGUGAGGAGGGGACGCACCUUGGCAGCGCUGCUGCUCUCGAGCCCACUGACCUGGUUUUUGGACAGUACAGAGAAGCCGGAGUUCUGAUGUACCGAGGCUUUCCUCUGGAUCUGUUCAUGGCUCAGUGUUACGCCAAUGCCGACGACCUCGGGAAGGGCCGGCAGAUGCCCGUCCACUACGGCUGCAGAGAUCUGAACUUUGUCACCAUCUCCUCUCCUCUGGCCACACAGCUUCCUCAGGCGGCUGGAGCUGCAUAUGCCAUCAAGAGAGAGAACAUGAACCGUGCGGUCAUUUGCUAUUUUGGAGAGGGAGCAGCCAGCGAAGGGGAUGCACACGCCGGCUUCAACUUCUCUGCCACCCUCGAGUGCCCGCUGAUCUUUUUUUGCCGCAACAAUGGCUACGCCAUCUCUACCCCUACCAACGAACAGUACAGGGGCGACGGCAUCGCUGCUCGUGGUCCUGGUUAUGGCAUGCUGUCCAUCCGUGUGGAUGGGAAUGAUGUGUUUGCUGUGUACAACGCCACAAAGGAAGCAAGGCGCAGGGCUGUGGCUGAGAACCAGCCAUUCCUCAUCGAGGCGAUGACCUACAGAAUCGGCCACCACAGCACCAGCGACGACAGCUCGGCGUACCGUUCAGUGGACGAAGUGAACUACUGGGACAAGCAGGACCAUCCCAUCUCCAGGCUCCGACAUUACAUGACGGCCCGCGGCUGGUGGAGCGAAGACGACGAGAGGAGCUGGCGGAAGCAGUCCCGCAAAACGGUGAUGGAGGCGUUCGAGAGGGCCGAGAGGCGCCUGAAGCCCAACCCCGAACUGCUGUUUACUGACGUGUACCACGAGAUGACGCCUGGCCUGAGCAAGCAGAGGGAGUCAAUGUGGAGACACGUGCAGCAGUACAAAGAGCACUACCCGCUGGACCUGUACGAAAAAUAAGCUCCCUGCUACAGGAGGAUAUCAUUAAGUUUGGUAAAUGUGGUGAGCGUUGAGACUGGGAUAGAUCGAACACUAGUUUAAUUUCCUUCUGCAUGACAGUGAGGAGGAAGCUUGUGCUUACAAAAUAAAAUAUCAACUUCAAGCUCUUUGUGCCACUGGGUUUGGUGUUAAAUUAACAGAUUUACUGUCUGUAGUUCACUUUUAUUCCAGGUUCAGUACAGAAGAAUCAGCUGCUUCAGUCUGAAGACAUUACACAAUAUAAACACAAAACAGGCAAAGCUAAAUUUACCCCAGGCUCUCUGUGUGUGUGUCUCUCCUGUUCAGGGACUUAACAGGUUUCCUCCUCUAUUAGUGGAGUGACUGGUUUGAGGACCUUUUUAGAUGCUUUUUAUGCUGCAACGUUACUGUUCUAAAUACCACAUCUGUACACUUUCCUUGCUCAUCAUUGGUGUUUAGUGGAAAAUAAACUGUGGAACAUG